AUGACUGAUUCACUUGCAGAUUACAACCGUGCAAAAACCAUGUUGGCUCGUACUGAAGCAAUCGUGAAUACGUUCUUGAAACAUGGAUACAAAGGAAACACGUGCGAUUUCCCGCAUCGCUUGGACUCGAAUUCGUUUGCGAAAAUUCUGAACGACAUCGACACGUUCAUCUUCGACGCUGAUGGAGUGCUCUAUCUCGGUGAUACACCCAUUCAAGGCUCAUCGAAAUUUUUGGAUUUCCUUCGCCAACAAAAUAAGCAAAUUAUUGUGCUAACAAACAACCCAAAUAAGUCGCGCUCAAUGAUGGUCGCUAAGAUGCAUCGAAUGGGAUUCACCGGAACUGUGGAGGAGAACGUGGUCAAUCCGGCCACCAUUAUUUGUCAGUAUUUGACAUCAAAAGGUUUCCAGUAUAGCGGUAAAAAGGUUUAUAUGAUUGGAUCGAAAGGAUUUUGUCAAGAGUUCGACAAAGCUGGAAUCGAGCACUUCGGCUCCGGAGCGGACCCGAUUGAAGAGAUGCACAUCAGCGACGAACAUAUGCUGGAUAGCGACUCACCGUUAUGCUCGAUCGAUGAAGAGGGAAGCGAUGUUGGUGCAGUAAUUGUUGGAUUCGAGACACAUUUCAAUUAUUUGAAAUUAAUGCGUGCCGCGAAUUUCUUACAGGUGAGAAACGUUCAUAGAAUCAACUUGGCUAAAUUUUUGCUGGACUGA